AUGUUAAAGACAUCAUGGGGCGCGUAUUUUUUGCCUAAGUCACCUUCAGACCCUUGUUCAAUAUACGGCAUAAUGCUUGUGUUUUGUCUUGCUGGAUCGGCAUGCCAAACCGCACCCAUAAAACGACUAUCAAAAAGCGUUCUCGUCACUGAGUAUUCAGAUAGUGCACGCACACCUCUGUCAUUUAAACUUGCAUCAACAAGGAAAUGUCAUCUUCCGAAGAUGUCUCAACAAGAUGAAUAUGUUGUUGCGGAAGACGCACAAAAUCCGGCAUAUGUCACAGCAUACCCAUGGGCAAAUGAAGACCUUGCUUGA